AUGGGCUUCAAAGCGAAGGACCUCACUUACGAUGCGGCGCAGCCUGCCUUCCUUCAGCGUCUCCGAGGCCAGAUUGCCGGGGAUGGUUCAGCACGACCGGAGCCUUCAAUUCCCCGCAACAAGAAACUGGUUCGAGAUGACGAAGACGACGCGCCAACGUACGUCCUUGAAGGUACCAAUCAGUCGCUCACCAAGGCCGAGUACGAGGCACUCGUUGCUGGCAAAGACGCGGACGCGGCCGAGGACUCUGCUCCAACUACCAUCGAGCACAAGGAUGCACCCUCUCAACCAAAGGAGAAAAUUGCCGAAGUCGGCAAGGGUUCCAAAAAGAGGAAGGCUGCUAAAGUCAUUGGUGGCGAUGAAGAGGAUGACGACGCAGGAAAGGAUGAGGCGAAGGUAGUCAAGAAAGCCAAGAAGAAGGCCAAACCUGUCAAGUUGUCCUUCGGUGACCAGGAAGACGGUGGAUGA